UGGAAACCAGCACCGCGCUCCAUUCUCGACUCACGAGCACCGCCACGCCCAGCCGAAGCACUCGCCGGAGCCGGGAAACCUGCACGCCGAUGUAUUACGACGAAGAUGACCUGGGUCCCUUCUCAGACCCCGAUCGGUGGACGCCUCCAUCAAUGGUGGACGGCCUUAAACCAGGGCGGAGGAAGGUUUUGUUCUGCGCCUUCAAGAAGAAUCUGGUCAGAGGAGAGAUUCAGGUGGCAGAGUUUAGCAGUUACGUGUCAAAAGAAUCAGCAUACCACCAUGCCGAGCAGUGUGUAUCAGCCAUAGUUAUAGAGAUGGCUCAGGAUUUUGUUGGCAGCAAUAACAUUAGUCUUUUCAUGCCCAGCGGGCAAUUUGGCACCAGGAGUUCGGGUGGGCUAGAUUCUGCUGAUGCCAAGUACCUCUACACCAGAUUAGCACGUAUCACCCGUUUAAUUUUUCCGAGGGAGGACGACGUUCUUCUCAACUAUUUGAGUGAAGAUGGAAAGUCAGUUGAACCCAGUUGGUAUAUGCCAAUCAUUCCCAUGGGCACUUUGAAGAAGACAUGUUCAGAGGCAGCGGGUGUCACUUAUACCACCACUGGUGUUAUAGAGGAAGUUGAUGACACCAAGCUUAAAGUUACUGAGCUUCCCAUCCGAUGCUGGACUGGCGAUUAUGAUGAGUUUCUUGAAUCCAUGUGUCCUAUUUCUGUUAUGGAAGAGGAAAAGGCAGAGGACAAGAACAAGGAACCGUCGUUUCUAGAGAAAUACCGGUCACGAAGUGAUCGUGUGAGCGUGGAGUUUGAGGUUAUCUUGAGUGAGCAAAACAUGAAUAUUGCCAAGAAAGAAGGCCUUCAGAACAAAUUCAAUUUGAAAAACACAAUAGGAACAUCAAACAUGCACUUGUCUGACUCGGAUGGUAAAAUUCAAAAAUAUGAUACCCCAGAGGACAUGCUUAAAGAGUUCUUCAAGCUGAGACUCGAAUACUAUUCGAGAAGAAAGUUGUUGAAGCCUAAGAACCAAGUGAGGUUUAUUCUUGCUGUUAAUUCCGGGGACAUCGUAUUCAAUAACAAGAAGAGGGCAGAGCUAUUCCUGGAGCUUAAGCAGAAGGGAUAUAAACCUUUCCCAGAGAAGAAAAUUGCAGCUAAAGAACCUUUCCCAAAGAAGAAGGUUACGGCUAAAGAACCUUUCCUGAAGAAAAAAGUUAAGGCUAAAGAAGUAGAUGAAGAAGAUGGUUAUGAGUAUCUUCUCGCAAUGGUAAUUGGUACCUUGACUCUGGAGAAGGUACAAGAGCUUGUCGCACGACAGAAGAAAUUAGAGGACGAACUUGAAAGUCUGGGAAAAGCAACUCCAGAAAUUCUUUGGCUGAGAGACCUUGCUGCUCUUGAAAACGAACUGGAUGCAAGUGCACCGGUGAUAGAUGAUGAGGACGAAGCGCUCGAACUAAAAGAUCGUCUGGCUGUUUAUAAUUUUGAUGACUCCUCUCCAGAACAUAAUGCCAUGAAAACUGAGACUAAGAAAGGGAGGAACGAGCUAAGCAAAAGAGGCACGUCAAAGAAUGCCAUGGCACCCUUAACCGACUUGUCUGGUGACAACAAAGACAGCAAGUUUGUCGUCGAAGAAGUGCAAGUUGAGAAGAAAGCCGGUGGAAGAAAGCCUGCUGCCCAGAAGCCAAAGAAGACUAUCAACAGGAAGAGGGCGCUUGCUCAGAGCAACUCCGGUGAUCCUUCUCCUGGGAAGAAGGUGCGAAAGAUGAGUGACUCCAACAAAGAGAACGUCUCGGUUUUGCAAAGAGUUGCGAGCGCUUCAACAGGAGCAGCAGAUGCCGAGCCUUGUCCUCCCUCCAGUAGUUCAGCUCAGCCUGUCGCACCGAGAAGGUCAGCCAGGCUUAAGCAAUCUACAUCGAUUGAUUGAUGAUAAUGUCUAGUUUCUGAGAUAUCCUUUUUGCUAAUUAUCAAAUCCAUCUACUUGUGACAUUUGAGACUUGUGCAUCUGGAGUCUGGUAAA